AUGGAAGAAAUAGAAGCUAUACCAGGGGUACAAGUGGAAUUGGAUGAUUCCCCACCAGUUAAACUGUAUGAUGAUGAUGUUGGUCUGGAUGGUGGAGCUGAAGGUACUAGAGAUGAAGGUGUUGGUGAUGGUGAUAGAGACGGUCACGGUGCUGGAGAUGUUGGUGCUGAAGAUGAAGUUGUUGGUGAUGGUGAUGGAGAAGGUCAUUGUGCCGGAGAUGUUGAUGAUGGUGAUGGACCUAAAGGUGAUGGUGAUGGACCUGAAGAUGGUGUUGAUGAAUUGGGUGAUGAUGAAGGACAUGAGGUUGUCCCAAUGGUUAGGAGAAUAAGGAAAACAUCUGAGAGGAUUACGAGGAUAAAGCUAAGGAAGGGUGUAUGUGAAAAAGAUGGUGGUGGUUCUUCUUCUGUAAAUCCAAUCAACUUGGAGUAG